ACAUGGAAAGUUAUUUGGCUGGGGAUUAUUUGAUUGCGUAAACUGUAACGGUAAUAUCACAUACACUCCUGAAAUACGCAAAGUAUUUUCAGGCUAGGAACUAAUCUACCAAAGCUUGACGUACCGAAAUUUAAUAAAUGAAUUUUGGUUGGAACAUAUCGGAUUAUAAACACCUUGGCCUUGUAUGCCAAAGGUUAUGCACAAAUAUCCCGUUAAAGAAUGUUCAAAUAAAAUGUAGGAUAGUAAAUAUGGUUUCAGACGUCAUGGUUGAGUUCCUGUACGAGAACACAUUACAGGAAGCUCUGGAAGCGUCGUUUGUUUUUCCAUUGAAUAGUGUGGCGGUUUACCAUUUCGAGGCACAUAUCGGUGACAACAAAAUUGUAUCCGUGUGUCGUCCACGUGCGGAGGCUAAGGAAACGUAUGACAGUGCUGUUGAAGAAGGGCAUACAGCAAUCUUGGCUGAACAGGAUGAACAUUGUGCCGAUUUAUUUAAAAUGAACAUUGGGAACAUACCGCCAAAUGGAAAGGUUGCUAUAGUUCUGCGAUAUGUUGGACUGAUAGAAGGAAAAAACGUGAAGACAGACACAUCUAAGUUCAGCCACUCAGAAAUUAUUCUAACUUUGCCAAGCGUUAUCAACCCGCGUUACUACCCAAAAGAAAAAAAACAUUCCGACGAGUUUGAGCCAUUUACGGAUCUUGUUCUUGUAAAUUCUGUGCCCUACACAAUAUCAUUUGAAUCUGAACUUUGGAUGCCGUCAAAGAUUCUGGAUGUCAAAUCAACACAUGAUAGCUUUACUUGGAACUGUAAAAACGAUUCUAAUCAUAGCCUUGUCAAACUUUCCUCUGAGUUUAUACCAGAUCAUGAUCUUCAAAUGGUUCUAAGUCUUUCUGAUCCACUUACAUCUCUGUCAUCUCUGGAAUAUGGUGAUCCAAACCAGUUGUCUAUAUUGGCUAUGAACUGUCUGAUGGUACAGCUUUUGCCUGAUAUUCCUAAUGUUGUUAGUUCUAAAGACAUGCGAUAUGAGUUCGUGUUUUUAAUCGAUCGUUCAGGUAGUAUGGAAGGUGAUAAUAUUUCUUACGCUAAGACCUCCCUUCUUCUCUUCCUAAAGAGCUUACCUAUGAGUUGUCGUUUUCAAAUUGUUGGCUUCGGGAGUUAUUUUGCUGCUUUAUUUCCAGAACCUACAGACUAUUCUGAAGGAUCGUUAAAUACAGCAAUGAACUACCAAAAAGACCUGAAUGCUGAUAUGGGUGGUACAGAAGCUUACAAUGCUCUAAAAGCAGCUCUACAUUCAACACCGAGUGGUAAAGGUUGGUUCAAACAAAUCAUAUUUCUUACGGACGGUGAUGUAGGUAAUGCAGAUGAGGUUAUCGGAUUGGUACGAAUGAAUGUUGACAAGGCAAGAGUAUUUACUAUAGGACUUGGACAGGGAGUAAGUACUGCAUUAAUUGGUGGUGUUGCUCGAGCUGGCAAUGGUACAGCAGAAUUUGUUCGUGAUCCUUCUCAGCUGCAGUCAGCUGUGAUGAGGACUCUUUCAGCUGCAUUACAGCCAAGAGCUGAUAAUAUUGAAAUGGAUUGGAAGUUAGUCGAGAAAUUUCAUGAUGGCAAGGAGAAACCAAUAGAAGUGAUAGUUGUUCCCAAGCGAAUAGCUCCAGUAUUCCCUGAUCGGUUCUCGACAUAUUUCGGUUUUUUCAAAUCUGAUAAAUCAUCGACUAUUCAAGGACAAGUAGAUUUCAAUUGUAGUAUACUAGGUGAAAAGAAAUCAUUCAUAUUAAGUAUAUCGAAAGCGAGAUCUAUAAAUGACAAGUUGAAUUGUUCUGAAAAUCUACCGAUUCAUCGACUAGCAGGAAAUAUGCGAAUGAAUGAACUUAUAGAUGAAUACCAUAGUAUACAAUUGAGUGAAAUGAAUGAAACAAAUGAAACAGAACUGAAGACCAUACGUCAACAAGUUGAAGAUUUAUCAUGUCAAUUGAAUAUAUUAUCAAAAUUCACUUCUUUGGUUGCUGUAGAUCCAACCAAGUUAGAUGUUGAUCCCAAGGAAAGAGUCAAAGUCACUGUACCUCAUAUGUUCCGUCGUUGCUCUGCUUUGAAAAUGGCAAUGCCUGCAGUGAAUUUUUGUUAUGAUAGCAUUGAUUGUCCUGUCAGUGGAGCUAUGGAAUGCCUCGCUUUACCCAUGUGCUCUUUCGGUGGUUCGUUGGGUUUUGAUACAAGCAUAUGUGCUGAAGAUCAAUUUCAAAAAAUUGAACCAGUUAAAUUAAUGGAAAAACACAUAAGACUUGCUGAAUUACAAAGUUUUUCCGGAUUCUGGAAAUUAAAUUCUGAUUUAUCUGAAUGUUUUGAAAUACCUCUUGACAAUUUGAGAGAGUUUUUAAAACAAAAUGAAAAAUCCUUAUUUCUAUCGGAUGUUACAUGGGGGACCGCUCUGGCAAUUGCUUUUCUGGAGUUAUGUAUGCCUGAGAAGGAAAAUGAAUGGCGUCUGAUAGUUGAUAAGGCCAAAUAUUGGCUCAACACUCAAUGUCAAGUGAAUCAAAAAGAUACAAAGAAUCCGAGUGAAUCAUGUGAUGAACUUAUUGAAAAAGCUCGUCAGGUAUUGACUAAACUAUUGAAGUCGACUACAUCCAAAUAGUCCUUGUAAUAGACAAUCUGAUUGACUUUCUAUUUUGAUUUGGAAGAUUUUUUUGACUUUCUUUCUUUAUAUGAUGAAAAUGUUGCACUUUGAUUUAUAAAACUAUACCUAUAUUUGUUUGACAAACUAAUUUAUUAUUUUAACUUUCUCGUGAAAAUACCAUCGCAAUUGAAAUUGGAAUUUUCGACUAUAUCACAAUAGAUAUUGACUGGGAUUUUUCAUUCUUCAUCCUGUAUAGCAAUUAUGUUUUCGCUAAAGAAUGGGGUGGUCGGUCGUUGACAAUAGUUGUUCUCUGUAUUGAAUUAUAUGGACACUAAAAAUUGAUCAGAGUGUGUAUACGCUGAUUGUUGACGAUCUUCAAACGUUUAAAUCGGCACCACUAACACAUGUCACUCAACUAUUGUUGUACGACUGCGACGAUGAUGACUUGAAUUAGUGCUCCAAAUACAACUUGAAAUUUGAAACUGUGAGUCCCAUUUUUUCACAUCGGGGUUGCCAUGACCAAUCAGUAUGUUAACUACCCACUGAAUCGUCAAUUAGUUUAUGGUACCCGACAUGUAUCCAUGAUCUCAAUAAAC